CCCGUGGUUAUUACACCAGCAGUUAAUUCUACUACUGUUGACACACCGGCUGUAGCGCUGGCAGAGGCUCCAAUUGAAGCGCCCGCGCAAGAAGAAGUCCAAGUUGCUGAAGAGGAGCCCAAAAUGGAUUCCUACACUCCAAAGAAGUUUGUCCCAUUCGUGGAAGCGUCAGCAAUGAGGAACAACAUGUUUGUGCAUCCUGCCUCUUCGCAUUACGGCAUGGUGAACCCCGCCAUCAUGAGCGGCUUCGGGGAUGAAGACGACGACUCGAUCUGGCUAGUGGAUGAUGAAGAGACGGAUCCAGAGGCUGAAAGUGCACAGACGCCUGAGGCGGAUGAUGAAGGGGAGGAAGUUGUGCAACUAGACGAAGAAGACUACGAAGAAGAAGGAAGCGAAGAGUUUGAUAUGGAGGAACGGGAAGAAGAUGAGGAAGAAGAAGAAGAUGAUGAAGUGGAAGAAGAGGAAGUGCAAGUGGAAGAAGACGAUGACGAGGUAGAAGAAGACGAGGAGGAAGCAGAAGAGGCCAGCACAAGUGUCUCUUUGCCAAGAACGAAUCAAUCUCAACCUCCCUCAGUACACAGCGAGCCCGAGACAGCCCCAAUAGCCAAUGCACAAACCGGGUUCAGAUAUCGCAUCAACCUUGCUUUAUUGGACGACGACUUUGCGACCCCGGAAGAAGACAAAGACCCAGUUCCUACCACAUAUCGCAGAGGAAGGAAUAUGGCUGCCUCUAGCGGCUCUUCUACUCCUGCCAUAGGCAACCCGUAUGUCGAACUCCUCGAGCAGCAAGACUCUGCCAUGACAGAAGCGUAUCAACGCCGUCUAGAUCUGUCUGGCAGGCGUGGAGAUGACAAAGCUGAUGAUUUCAGUUUCGGGCAACGAUAUCAAAGCGAUCCAGGAACAUCGUCUGUGCUAGUUACGCAUCAACGUAUUCCGUCAGAUCGUGAGAACAAUGAUGACCGCGAUUGCUUGAUUUGUGCCGACACCAAAGAGGAAAUCCUCUUUCCUCGAUCUAUCCGAUCUGAUCUGACAGGCAAGAUUUGGACAGAUAUCAGAUGCCCCGAGUGUCGACAACUACUAGAAUAUACAGACAUCCAGCGUUACGCUGAUGAAGAGACAUUUAAGAGAUACGAAACGCUUGCCCUCCGAGCCGCCAUGGCUGAAGCUGAAAACUUCUUUUGGUGCACAUCUGGCUGUGGCUCUGGUCAGAUACAUGACACCGGCCACGACCACCCCAUUGUCAUUUGCCUUCACUGCAGCCACCGAUCCUGCUUUCGUCACAACGUCGCCUGGCAUCAGGGUUUGACUUGCGAAGAGUACGAACAGUUGCUUGCCGACCCGGACAACUUUCGUUCCAAGCUUGAACUUGAUAACGAAGCGUGGGCAGCUUCGCAAAAAGAACAGCUUGAAGCCGACAGAGCUAUGGCCCAAGGCCUGUUGGAAGAAGAAAGAAGGGCUAGAGAGAGGAGAGAGAGGAGAGAUCGCGAAGAAAGGGAGAGGGCACAGAAAGCAGUCGAUUUGGCGAGACAAAUUGCCACAAGAAGAAAGGCCGAGGAAGAAAUGAGCAGAGAAACAGUCGGGAGAACGACGAAGCCUUGCCCUGGAUGCGGUUGGGCGAUUGAAAAGAACGAUGGAUGUUCACACAUGACUUGCGCCAAAUGCAAACAUCAAUUUUGCUAUGAAUGCGGUGCUGACCAUAAGCGGAUUCUCGAGAACGAUAACACUAUUCAUAAAGAUGACUGUAAAUUUCACCCAAACCAACUAGAAGACUUGGAUGGUAUUGAAGAAAAGGAGAGCGAUGGAAAUGACGAAGCAAAAUAGUUGUCAAAAAAAGGAGGAGCCCGACGCCCUGUCAAUGUGUACGUACGUAUAUUUGGCAUUGCUUGAAUCUGAUGGCGAAGAAGAGGGCACUGUGGAUAGCAGGAUUGCUUUUUUUGGAGUUGGUUAUUAGCAUUUGUUUGUUCAAUCUUGGAUACAGCAAGUAGAAAUCUAUACCCCAGCAUUUAAACAUUA